CAGCAACGCCUCGACAGCUUAAUUUAUUAUCCAAUGAAGAUGUGUUUCACUCGUUCUACCUGGCUGCUCCGUGUAGCUUUAGCUUAAACACACACAGGUGGUGGGUGGAAAAUGCUCUUUGUUUGCUAGUUUCGACGGUUACGCGCCUGCGUGCUCGCGCUCUUUAGUUAAUUUCACAGGUGCGCUCAGUUCAGCCCACAGGAGGACAUGCAGCAGGAUGACAUGACAGAUACAGCGGAGAGCACAUUCAACAUGGAGGAUUUUUUCAAAACGGUGGAGGAGGUGAGAAGCCUCAUUGAAACAAUCUCCUGCCAAGCAGAAGAGGUGCAGAAAAGAUAUGGCGCCAUCCUUUCUACUCCAAACCCAGACAAGAAAAACAAAGACGAGCUGGAGCUGCUGAACAAUGAGACCAAGAAGAACGCCAACUUGGUCCGAGCCAAGUUGAAAUCAAUGCAGAAGAACUUGGAUGUGGAUGAGAACAAUAAAAGGGCCUCAGUAAUUCAGCGUAUUCAGAAGAACCAGCACUCACACCUGACUCGGUGCUUUGCUGAAGUCAUGAGGGGCUACCAUAAGGCACAAAUCUCCUUCAGAGAGAAAUGCAAAGCACACAUUCAGAGACAGCUGGAGAUUGUGGAUAAAGUGACUACAGAUGAAGAGUUGGAGGAGAUGCUGCACCAUGACAAUCUUGCCAUCUUCAUAUCUGAUAUCAACUCUGACGCUCGAAUUUCAAGCCAGGCUCUGAGUGAGAUUGAAUCUCGUCAUCAGGACAUCAUCUGCCUCGAGUCCAGCAUCAAACAGCUGCACGACAUAUUUGCUGACACUGCCAUGCUGCUGGAGACUCAGGGGGAAUUGAUCAACAACAUAGAAAAGAAUGUAACUAGUGCUGCAGAGUAUAUAGACAUAUCCAAAGCAAAAACCUGUGAAGCAGUCGCGUACAAGAAGAACCCACAGAAGAUAGCAUCUCUCCCGAGCUUCUUCAAGCAUUUCAAGAGAAAAACCACUGCUAAAACUGCUGCUGAUCAAAACACCUCAGACUUAAACCAUGACUGAGCUCCUGAGCCUGUUUGAACAUUGACUGCACCAAACAUCCUGAACAACAUCAAAGCCUGUGCUCGAUGGAACACGCUUUUCAUCUGAUAUAUGGUACAGUGCCUGUCUGCCGCCUCAAACACCUUCUAAAGGAUAAUGAUGACGCUGUUAUUUUUAACUCGGUGAAUUUAAACUGCUUUGAUAAUGACCUGUCAAAUGAAAGUGACAAGAUGCUGUGGACGGGCCAGCUUCUGAGGCCACAUGUGAACUGUCAAAAGUCAAUGUUUACAGACUCCAAAUCCUAAAACUUAGGUUUCAGACAUGGUAGUAAUAAAUAUUUUAACACACUAACCCAAGCUACAUUUUUAGAUGUAAAACACUUUCUGGAUUGAUUUGGUCAUUAAUUCACUCACUCCCAGUUAGCUGGCGUUCCCCUUAGUGGCCAGUAGGUGGCAUGACAACAUUAGAUAGAACUCUGAACCAGGAUCAUUUACCUUCACUCCCCUCUGCAGUCCUGCUGAACUCUUGUGUUUUGUCUGAUAUUGUGUGUUUUACUAAUUCAAUAUAAUGUAAUGUCAUGUCGUUUAAUACUCUGAAAUAAAUGUUUGUAAUGUAUAAACUGUAAGACUAUGCCAAUCCUAAAAUAAACGUGGUGAAUGCUA